AUGCGACAUGUUGGUGCAGAACGAGUCAAAGAAGCCAGACUUCAGACCUUAAUGUCUGAAUUUGACAGACUCGUGAUGAAAGACGCUGAAAAGAUAGAUGACUUUGGUGGAAAGUUAUCUGAAAUAUCAUCAAAAUCUGCUGCACUAGGAAAAGAAAUUGAAGAACCACAACUGGUUAAGAAAUUUCUUAAGGGCCUUUCACGCAAGAAAUACAUACAUAUAGUAGCAUCAUUGGAGCAAGUGCUUGAUCUUAAGACCACCAGUUUCGAAGAUAUUGUUGGACGUCUAAAAGCUUAUGAAGAGAGAGUAGCCGAAGAAGAAGAGAAUCACGAAGAUCAGGGGAAACUCAUGUACACAAACACAGAUUAUCACUCUGUGCGAGAGUACCAUGACGAUUAUAGAGGAAACAGAGGACGAGGCGGUAGAUCGUAUAGAGGAAGAGGUCGCGGACGUGGCUAUGGAGGCAGAGAUACCUCGAGGGUAAUGUGCUAUAGGUGUGACAAGAUGGGUCACUACGCCUCAACAUGUCCCGAUCGUCUACUAAAGUUACAGGAGGCGCAAGAAGUGGAGAAAGAUGAUACGCAAAACGCAGACGAGCUCAUGUUGAAUGAGAUAGUGUAUUUGAAUGAAGAUAAAGUCGUCCCAAGCAAGUUCGAUACGCAUGAUGAGAAAGAGAAUAUGUGGUACUUGGAUAACGGAGCUUCAAACCACAUGUCGGGAGAUCGAAGAUACUUCACAAAGAUCAACGAAUCCAUAACCGGAAAGGUGAAGUUUGGAGAUGAUUCUCGGAUCGACAUUAAAGGGAAAGGAUCCAUAGAGUUUACUGAUAUAAAUGGAGAACCAAGAAUCAUGUGCUAUGUGUAUUACAUUCCGGAUCUGAAAAGUAACAUCAUCAGUCUCGGGCAAGCCACUGAAGCGGGGUGCGAUAUAAGACUAAAGGGAGAAUGCUUGUACAAGGUUCAGAUGGAAAGCUACUAG